UUUGUCAUCGUUCGCCUUCCUGACCACAGUGCAACCUGCAUCAAGGGCCAUCGCUCCACGACAUGCAACCAUGGAGAACGGCCAUUGCACGAAAUCAAGAAGAAGGGCCGUCCAUCCACGCAAUGCCUUCACUGUAAAGAGUUGCGUAAGGCCAAGCAAGUGAGCGUCCGUUGCAUUUGUGGCAAGGAGGAAGGUACAGAAGUGGACAAAUAUCUUUUCUGGCGCACAUCCAAGGCAUUAUACUGA